ACCAUAGGGGUGGACUCGCGCGCUGAGAGAGAGAGAGAGCUGCGCGAUGGUGGCCCGGCGGUUCGUCGUGAGGCAGGACCCCGCCGGCGGCGGCGGCGAGGGGGAGGCGGAGGUGGAGGAGCACGAGCUGGAGUACGACACGGAGCACGGCCUCGACAUCCUGCGCCUCCAGAUCUUCUCCCUCACCUCCGUCCCGCCCGAGCUCCAGAAGAUCGUGGUGGAGGCGGACGGGACCGUGGUGGGCGACGGCACCGACCUGGAGGCCAUCUCCGAGGGACUCCGCCUCGUGGCCAUCUCCGGGGAGGACGAUGAGGAGGAGGGGAAGGACGCUGCUGCGGCGGAGGCUGCGAGGGCGCAUGAGAAAUCGGACGAGGAGCUCGCGAGGAUGAUUCAGAUUGUGGUGGAGGCAGAUGGAUCAAGGCUGAAUGAUGGAACCGGCAUGGGGUCCAUCUCCGAGGGCCCCUGUAUUGUGGCCAUCAGUGAGGGGGAGGACGUGGCUGUGGCAGAGUUAGCCAGGAUGCAGGAGAAAUCUGACGAGGAGUUGGCAAGGAUGCUUCAGGCGGAAGAAGAGGCACUUCUGCUACAACAAUACAGCAUACGCAAUGAUGGAGGGCAAGAAUUCAGAAAAAGAGUUGAGCCUUACAUGCACCAGGUUCUGAUGUAUGAGGAUCCAAUGCGUCAAGACGCAGCGCGGAAGACUGUUCCGAUAGAUGAACUUCAGGAGAAGGCACUGAUUUCACUAGCUAAGGAAGGGAACUUCAGUCCUUCAAAGGAUGAAGAGGAUCAUGCCUUUCUGCUGCAAUUGCUUUUCUGGUUUAAGCAAUCAUUCAGAUGGGUUAAUGCAGCACCUUGCGACAGCUGUGGUCGUGAAACAUUCAAUGUUGGAAUGGGCACCCCACUUCCAUCAGAACUUAAAUUUGGUGCCAACCGUGUCGAGAUUUAUAGGUGCAAUCAUUGCUCCAGUACCACCCGUUUUCCAAGAUACAAUGAUCCAUAUAAGCUUAUAGAAACUAGGAAAGGACGCUGUGGAGAAUGGGCCAAUUGUUUUACAUUCUACUGUCGAACUUUUGGAUAUGAAGCUCGCCUGAUUCUGGAUUUCACUGAUCAUGUGUGGACAGAAUGCUUUUCAAAUUUGUGUGGGAGGUGGAUGCAUCUUGAUCCAUGCGAAGGAGUUUAUGAUAAUCCUUUAUUGUAUGAGAAAGGGUGGAACAAAAAAUUAGAUUAUGUAAUUGCUAUUUCAAAAGAUGGAGUACGUGAUGUAACAAAACGCUACACCAGAAAGUGGCAUGAGGUUCUUUCUAGGCGAAUUAUUACCUCUGAAGAUACUGUUGCAGCUAUCUUGUCAUCUAUAACAGGGAAAUAUCGCAGUGGAUUGUCAAUUAAUAGCCUCACGGUUACAGAAAAUCGUGACAGGAAAGAGUCUGAGGAACUUAGCAAAGCUGCUUAUCUUGAAGUUGAUGCCACCAUAUCUUUACCUGGAAGGCAAAGUGGCUCCGUGGAAUGGAGAAAAGCAAGGGCAGAACUAGGUCAAGUUGAGUCGCUCGCCUACUCAUCUUGCCCUUCUCGAAAAUGUGUGGAUGCUCAUGUUUCAAAAAUAUAUGAUGCUCUUUCUGCUCUUCUUUCACAUUUUUGUGAUGGAGACAUCCCUAAAGAAAGAGUUAUCGAAGUUUUUGACACGCUGAAGUGCUUGAUGCAAAAUCUUAAAGAUGCUAAGUUUAAAAGCAAGAGAGCUACAUUAGACAAAAAAACACAGCUGGUUUUUGAGGAGUUUUUUCCUUCUGUUGAAAGAUUGCUUUGUGCUAUGUCCUUGAAAACAGAGUUGGGUAAAGAUGGAGAACGCUCUGUGACUACAGCUGGAAAUGCAAUACAUACAUCCUUAGCAUUACCAGUGGCAAUUGAUGCAGUUGAUGAGAUAUUGAGUAAUUAUAAGAGUAAUGCGGUUUGCACAAAAGGUCAUCGAUUCCCAAGAGGCAAUAGACUCUGUUCAGGUUCCGUCCUUGCAAGUGGUGAACAACUCCCAAUUGGAAUUGCAACAGCGGCAUUUGAUGGCAUUCGCUCAUCCAAAUGGGAAGAGCCUGAUGGAGCCAAAGGAUGCUGGAUAAUUUAUAGAAUGCUUGAUGGCCAAACUUGUGAGCUGGAGUCAUAUGAUUUGAUGUCAGCUAAUGAUGUACCAGAGAGGGAUCCGAUGGACUGGGUUCUUGAAGGCAGCGCAGAUGGAGGCUCCACCUGGAAUACAAUAGACGCCCGGAGUUCUGUAAUUUUCGACAACCGUUUCUAUAGGAAAACAUUUACCGUGGAUAAGAGUUAUAAAACGAAUGCUUUUAGGUUUCGGUUUCUACGAGUGAGAGAAUCUAAUGGCAAUCCAAGGUUUCAGAUAGGUUCAAUUGACCUUUACGGGAAAAGCACAUAGCUUUCUUGAAAGUUUGUUCUCAAAUAGAAAGCUCAACAAGUGACAUUUAAACCUUUCCGAAGAUAAACUAACCAUGGCUGUGACCAUGGCCUAUUAUUUGCAAGUAGCAAGCAACAGUCGCACUGCUUGUUGGAAGAUUGUAACGUGAAGUAACGCUAUGGAAGGAGUGAUCAUCCCUUCAAUUCUUGAGAGAACUCCUUAUAUGCCACGUUGCCACUAGUUUGUUUCCUACAACAAUGCAAGAGUGCUGCAGAAUAAGGAGGCAUGAAAGGAUGUCUUGAUUGUUGUGUUAC